AUGUCCGAAUACAGCGAUGGUCUAAUCGAGUUCAUUAGUGGAUCCGUGAUGAGGUGGUUGGGGCUGAUGCUCCUAGUGACGGGGGCCGCCUGUGCGGCCGGCCCCCAGGCGCGCUGGUCCGCGCCCGCCCCCGACGCCCGCCAGAGGUCCGCCGAGGACCUGGAGGCGGCCGAGAGCGAGUGGGUCCCACUGGCCGCGCCCUGCCCGACGUGCCGGGCCCAGGGCAACAACGCCCCCGCCAACACCGCCUCCCUCAUCGAUGACGACUUUGGCCUCACGCCGCCAAAGGCACCCGUCGUGCAGAGGCAGAUCUUUUCGGCGAGGCAGCCCAGCUUCUUCCCGCAAGACUUCCCCGCAGCGUCGCCCUCGCACUCGCCCUUCUUCCCUCCGGCCGCCUCCCCGCAGCCGAAGCAGCUGUUUGGCAGCGCCGCCCCCUCAGCCCAGCCGCAGCAGCAACAGCCCGCCAACCACUUCUUGCAGCAGGUUGGCAUCCCGGACAACCUGCAGCAGUUCAUCCUCAGCCCGCCCAAGCAAGACUUCCCCCUGCCCAACGUACAGCAGGUGUUCGUCGGCCCCGCCAACCUGCAGCCCCCCAAGGGCUACGCCAAGUUCGAGCUGCCCUACUUGUCGUCCCUGGACACGAACCGCGUUGAGCGCAAGGUGAACAAGCUUCCCUUCUUCGUGGCGCCCCUCUCCUUCAACCCGCCCGCCGGCUACUCUAAGAUCCUGCUGCCGCCGCCCCACAUCGGCUCCGUCGUGGUCAACUCCAACGUGAGCAGCGCCCAGCAGCAGCAGCUCCAGCAGCAGUUGCAGCAGUCGCCGCUGCCGCAGCUUCACGAAAAGGAUGCCCCCUUCACCAAGACGACGGCCACGCCGCCCGCCUUCCAGUCCACGGUCACCUUCAGCCUGCCGUCCGAGAUCACCCCGGUCAACCCACGCCUGCCCACGCUCGUCAACUCGCUGGACGAGGGCCGCCCGUCCCCGACGGCUCAGCAGCAGUCGCCGACCACCCCCGUGACACCCGUCUCCCACACCACCCCUCGCCGCCAGCCCUACCUGCGGCCCACCGGCCCCACGACCCCGCUGCCGCCCGCCACCGCUGCGCCCACGGCGCGCACCACGGCCCGCCGCCCACCGCCGCCCCGGCCCAGCCCGCGCACCACGGAGGCCGCGCCGGUGUCCACCGAGAGCUACUCGCCCGCCGUGUCCGUGACGCCCAGCCCCGAGCUUGCGUCCGCCUCGCCCGACCAGGCCGACCCCUCCUUCCAGAGCCAGCGCGUGGGUGGAGGUGCCGGCGGCGUCGGCCCCAACGGCAAGCGCGGCCGGAAGCGGCUCCGCAACCAGCACCGGCUGAACCAGCAAGCUCCGGCCGAGGACGCCGUGCGCAGCAGCACCGAACAGCAGAACAUGGUGUCGCCCACCACGGAAAGGGUGACCCCCGCACGCUUCUCCCCCGAGAACAUUAACCUGCUGCAGCAGACGCCUAGCUUCCCGACCGAACGGCCCACCUUUGGAAGCUCGCCAUUCCAGACGGAAAGGCCCUACAGCAGCACGCCCUUCCAGAAGACGGACCGGCCCAACUUCAGCACCUUCCAGACCGAGGUGCAGCCCAACUUCAGCGAGCGCCCAGCUUUCAGCACUUUCCCGACUGAGCGGCCAAGCUUCGGACAGAGCUUCAGCCCCAGCUUCGGCUCCUCACUGGCACCCACACCGCCCGCGUUUGAGGCGACGACACCCCGCAACCUAGACGUGCAGCCCGCCAGCAUCAACGGCUUCCUCCAGCAAGAGCAGCAGCCCCAGCCCGAGGAACCCGUCGACAUCAACCAGAUCCAGUUCCCUGGACCCAACUCUGGCUUCCAGCAGGAGUUCUUCUCGACGCGACUGGAGAACGGCAAGGUCCAGUACCAGUACAACCUGCAGCCCACCCCGCAAAGCCCGCAGCCCGCGGUGCAGCCCCAGGAGCCCGUCGUUUCCCAGCCCGAUUCGCAGGCCGACUUCCAGCCCUCUUUCGUUCGCGUCCGCGGUCGCAUCCAGCACCAACAGCAGCAGCAGCAGCUGUCCCUCCUGCCACACGUGCCGGUCGAACUGCAAAAGGCCGUUAAAGUAAACCCUCGCCCUGCUCUGGAGACACCGGCCACCACCGCCUUCAGCCAGGAUGCUCCCUCCGGACCGGGUAACAACCUCGCCGUCAGAGUCCGCGGUAAGAUCAGGAGUCGUCCCAGACAGCACUUCCAGCAGCAGCAGCAGCAGCAGCAACAGCAGGCUGAGGAGGAGCAGGUGCAGCCUGAUGCUCAACCUGAGCAGUUCCUCAAGGAGACAGUCAUCGAGCGCACGACCACGUCCACCACCCCCGCGCCACCCUCGUCGGUCUCCUACUUCCAGGGCGGGAGCGUGUCGGCGCAAACCGAGGCGCCAAUCACCACGGUGCAGCAGCAACAGCCGCAGGAGCAGGAGCUCGCCGUCACGCAACAGCAGCAGGUCUCCGAGGAGCCCAUCACGGAGACCACGCAGCCCUCGACCUCGACGACGCGCGCCGGCGUGCGCAAGUACAGCAGCUUCACGCGUACCGGAGCUCCCCGCAGACCUGGACUGCGCGUCGCCGGCCAGACUACCGCGGCCCCUGUAAGCACGACGACCGCGGCGACCACCCAGCGGCCCCGCGGCACGCGCCGGCCCCCGCAGCUCGUCAACGGCGCCGCCGUCCGCGGCCGCGUCCGCGCGCGCCCCACCAGCACCACUGAGGCCACCGGCCCCGACUCCGCCGACGCCCCCGUGACACCCGACCUGUACGGCCGCCGACGCGGUCCCCACGCCCCGACUAGGACGCCGCCCUCUGCCCAGGCCAACGAGGUCCUGGACUCUGACCACCAGGAGAGCGUGUCCCCGCCACGCAGCGCGGUGCAGAGGUUCGAGUCCCGGCGCCGCCACCCAGAGGAUGCCCAGGCCGCCGUUACGGCCCCCUCCGAGCAGCCCGCCGAGGAGCAGCCCGCCCCGCACCCCGUGCGCGUGCGCGUCCGCCGCCCCGGCCACCGCCGCCAGACCACGCCCGCGCCCGUCACAGGUUCCGAUCAGAGUCACGCCGACAGCAAGCUAGCCUUUGCCCUGGACAACGGUGAGAUCGGCAAGGACAGCCAGUACGGCGAGAAGCAGGGCGCGGCCGUCGCCCGCCCGUUGGAGGAGUCGCUGCCCACCGUGACCGCCCUGGAGGCCCACCCCACAUUCGACUGGUCCGCACAUAGCGGCACCGCCCUUCAGGACGGCUGGAGUGCCACCCACGCAGGUAGAGGGCCUCUCCCUCCUCUCCAGUACUCUGUGUCCGGCGCUCAAGGUGAGGUCGACGCUAAGCCCUCUGAGCACAGCGACGACCCCAGCGACUACCUAGAGCCGACCUCUGGCCGGCCGAACCGCCCCGCCUCGCUAGACAGCAUUUCCGCUCAAGAUGUGGACAACGUUAUGAAGGCCCUGGAAGAGGUUGGCCUGCUUGACGGCCAGACCGCGUCCCCCGCCAGCCCGGCGGCCGACCCCUCUGCCCCCGACCAGGACAUCCUCAAGGAGGACACCCACAAAAAGGCAGUCGACCCGACAACUCAAAAGAAGUCGGGCAACGGCCGUAGGCGAGGUAACUGGGUGCGAGUGCGCGUCAAGAGGCCGAGAGACGGACUCGCCACCGCCGAGUCUCAGAACGCUGGUUCCUUCCCCGGCAACAGUGUCCUGACCGUAGUGCCACCGUCAGCGGAGAGCAAGGACGCCUUCGAGAAGGGCGUAUCCCCGUCAUCACCCUCGGCACCCUCUGCAGCUGACGUGGAGCUCCCAGCACCUACCACGACCGGCGUGUCGUUCUCCGAGGACGUCGUGACGUCCCUGGCCGAGGAGGAGCCUGAGGCAACCGUCGCCACAACGCCCAGGAUAAGCAGCCUGAGCAUUGCAGCUGAUGCUGUCGACGAGAAAGCGCCGGUCCCGAGCGAGCCCUCCGCUGAGGCGUCGGCAGAGCCCUCCGCCGAGCCCGCCCCGACCAACGAGCCCGCUAGCGCACCGCAGUCCACCCUCAUCCCCGCCACCAGCAGCAGCGCAAGCGGCAGUGAGGAUGACGCCGACGCGCUCAGGGUAUCCACGACCACGUCCACGCCUGCGGGGGACUUGGAGGAGGCCACGACACCGGUGACCACCACCACAACGCCCGGCGUGUCCAGGGUGAAGGCCCUGCUUAAAGCGCAACAGGAACAAGAGCAGCUGAGCAAGUUCCUCGGCAGCACCACCUCCACCAAGGUCUCCAUGGAGACCGAGAUUUGCUUCAGAGGGAGGUGCGUGAAGACAAAAGGCAAGGAGGGGAAGGAGCAGCAACAACAAGAUCAAGUGCCAGCGGAAUGAGGCAAGGGCCCUUUCGGUACCCGUUUUAGAAUGAAGAGUCUUAAAAACUAGUACACACAGCUAAGAGAUGGCUCUGUGACAUUCAAUUUCUAUUCUUUUUCGAUGAUGAUCACAGUUUAGAAAAAAAGAGAGGGUGAAGGAAUUUUGAAACAAAAUGUAUAAUGUUAAAUUCAGCACAGAACCAUUUAGCUGUUUUGCAGAGUCGCGAGGCUCUGCUGUUGCCAUCACUCCUUUUAAAAAUACCUAGCAGUUUCUUGUGAUUUUUUUUAAUCGAGCGUUGUUAGCCAGGAGGUACUUUAGAUCUCCAUUGGUGAAAGGUGUAAGGGGGAUUAGAGCGCCCCAAUGUAAAUGUCUUAAGUCAUCAUAGGUAUGCUUUUAUUUAUUGUUGCUUUUAAUUUGGUGUUCCAAAAUAAUGUAGAAAAAGGCGUCUCUGUGUUCUAGACAUUUUUGCUCAUGAAAAUCUUAGCUAGUAGUGGCAUCAAACCCUGGUGAAAGAUUUUAGGCAUGAACACAAGUGUCUAUUUCCUAUAUCUUUUGUAAAUAUGCAUUUCCUCUUGCCUCUUCAUGUAACUCUGUUCUUAUCAUAAAUAGUAGAUCGGGUUCAUAUACUGAGAACAAGUUAAACUUUUGAUCAAUGAUUGUACAAUUGAGGAAUGCCUUUGCUUUUCCUACCGUGAUACAGACGUCAAUUGACUUCACAAUGCUAUGACAUUUUCAAAUGGAUUAUUUUUAAAUUGUAUUAGUCAUUCCGUUAAAAUUUGUCCAUCACUUUAUGUACCUUGACCUUUGUCACAGACAAGUGAAUAACAUAAAUUUGCAAUCAUAACAUACUGAUACAGUUUUAGAUUUAUAACAAUUACUGUGUAAAGAUUACUAUCAAACCACACCAGCUCUUAUUUAUUUCACUAAAAAUAAUAGGCUUAACACAUCUUUGUACAAUAUUAAUUGGCUUUUGUAAACAUUGCUUAAUUUUAAUUGUUAUUUAUAAGUAGGUUGUGCUCUAAAAAUAACUGCAUUGAAUUUUGUAAAGUGUAGUAUAUUUUUGAAAGAGAUGUAAGAACUCUAGACUGAGAAAUAAAAUUUAAAAUGAGUCCCCUGUA